UAUGAUUAUCCAAUUCGUCAAUAUAUUAGAAGAGUAAUUGCAAAAGAUCAAUUUCAUCAAUUUUGAGAUUGACCUUUUCGUAAUUCUUCUCUAUAUGGUAAUAAAUUACAAUAAUUUUAGAUAAUUUGUACUCCAUUAGGAUUUGUGUUCCAUUACAUAAAGAGUCCAACUGGAAGACUUUAUUUCAAUCUUUUCUUGGGGAUAUUCUUUUCAGUGAUUGUUUGCAAAGAAUGGUUUCCUUUAAUGUUAGGAUGGACAAUAGCUAUUUAUUAUAUAGCAUAAAUCUUUAAAAAAUGUGCAUUACCUGUGUCCAUAGUUGCAUUUGGAAUUCUAUCCUUUGUUCAUAUAUAUAGACUCAUCUAUUAGUACUUGAGUUGGAGAAUGGAUUAUAAUGCAAUUCAAAUGAUGUUAACAGCAAGAUACAUAUUUUAUGCUUGUGAUAAAUAAGAUGGAAAAACAUAAGGUAAAACAUCUUUAAUGAUGUAUUUAUCAUACAUAUUUAUGUUCCCUAAUUUAGUUGUGGCACCAAUUCCAUUUUAUGCGUUUGUCAGUUUGAUAGAAAGAAAAACUGAUUAUUCACAUUAUACUCCUAAAUUUGCCAUCAUUUCAUUUUUAAAGGCUUUAGCAGUCAGUAUGGCAGAAUUACUUAUAAGACCUCAUUUUGAUUCAGAUUGGUAUUUUUCAGAUGAAUGGAGAAAUCAAUAUAGUUUAUGGUUUAAAUUUGCUAUGAUAUUUAUUAUUACUCCCUGUGCAAGAUUCACAUAUAUAGCUGCCUUCUAUUUUACAUAAGCAGGAAUGGAUGCUAUGGGAUUGACCUAUAAUGAAAAGACAAGUAAAAAAUCUUAAUCUAUGAUAUAUAGAAAAAAAUGAUUUAUGGGUUGUAUUUGAUUAUUCUUUUGAAUUUGAAAAGAAUGUAGUCAUAAAAACAUAGAAAUGGAAUUGUAAUAUUUAAAAUUGGUUGAAAUAUUGUUUCUAUGAUCGUCUUUAAAAGAGAUUUGGUAGUUUAACAUUCUAUCUUGUCUUUAUGAUUAGCAGUCUUUGGUAAAUAUGAUUAUUUAUGUUAAUAGGCAUGGUUUUUAUUUUACAUAUUAUUUAUUCUUUAUUUUUUGGGCUAUCACAGGAUAAGUAUAUAAAUACUUUUACAAAGCUUAAAGAAGAUUUUAUUUGUAAAUUAUGUUUACUAUUUUUUUAAGUAUCCCACAACCUAUUAGACAUUUCUUGGCUUGGGUAUUUGGUAUAUUGACAUUUGAUCAUUUUGCCACAGCUGUCCGUGUAUUAUAAUGGGAAAAGGCUGUAGAAUUACAUAAUAGUGUAUAUUGGAUUCCUCAUAUUGUAAUUUUGGUAAUUUUCUUAUUCUUCAACAUCACAUAAUUUGGACAGAGGGAUGGAAGAGCAAAGGAUGGGAAGUCAAAGAAGUAGGAAUGAA